GGCGUAAGCUCGAAUCGCGCACUCGAUUCGCCUAUUGGAUAUUCUUCAAACGAGGCGGUUUUAUAUGGUUCAGGUCUUGCUGAAGAUGAUUAUGAUGGAUCUGGUGAAGAAACUUUUCUCUACGAACAGGAAGUAAUUGAGGAUGACUUCAUGCGUGCAGUUCGUUCGCAAAUGGGAUUGACUUCAGGCAGCGCAUUCGUGUUCGGUUCAGUGCCUGUGCACGCUGUGCCGCAAGAUGCAGAGACCGAGCACGAUAGCAGUAGUAUCACGGCUGCUGCUGCUGCUUCAGGGNCUGCUGGCAACGCUGCAUAUCCGGAUAUUUUGACGGAAAGCGGCAGUAACGGACUGGUUUUGUAUGAAGUGCCUGAUGAGAUUCUGUUUGAAUUAGGCACGAGCGGUAUUAUUAUUGGAUCAGGACCCGGUGACGGUAACUACCGUGGAUUGGGCGACGAGGAUGGUCGGUACGGCUGCGAUGAAAUUGGCGACGUGUCAGGCAACGAUAGCCUCAGUGAAGAGCAUGAAUUUAGUGCAGAGGCUGCUGAGGCUGUCUAUGCUGAUCACUAA